GCCGUGCGGGGCCAUGGCGGCCCCGGACAGCUGCGUGAAGGUGGCCGUGAGGAUCCGUCCGCAGCUGCCCAAAGAGAAGAUAGAGGGAUGUCACAUCUGUACCUCGGUGACACCUGGCGAGCCCCAGGUGCUGCUGGGGAAGGACAAGGCCUUCACCUAUGACUUUGUCUUUGACCUGGACACGUGGCAGGAGCGGAUCUACACAACGUGCAUGGGGAAGCUGAUCGAGGGCUGCUUCGAGGGCUACAAUGCCACAGUGCUGGCCUAUGGGCAGACUGGCGCAGGGAAGACCUACACCAUGGGCACGGGUUUCGACGUGAGCAUCUCUGAGGAGGAGCAGGGCAUCAUCCCACGGGCCAUCAGCCACCUCUUCAGCGGCAUCGAGGAGCGCAAGCGCGCGGCCCAGAGCCAGGGUGUGGCAGCACCCGAGUUCAAAGUCAGCGCCCAGUUCCUGGAGCUCUACAACGAGGAGAUCCUGGACCUGUUCGACAGCAGCCGUGACCCCGACGCGCGCCACCGCAAAUCCAACAUCAAAAUCCACGAGGAUGCCAGUGGGAGCAUCUACACCACGGGGGUCACAUCACGCCUCAUCAGCUCCCAGGAUGAGCUGAUCCAGUGCCUAAAACAAGGAGCUCUUUCCCGCACCACCGCCAGCACCCAGAUGAACGUGCAGAGCUCCCGGUCCCAUGCCAUCUUCACCAUUCACCUGUGCCAGACGAGAGUGUGUGCCCGCCCAGAGCUGGUGAACGAGGAGGUGAGCAGCCUUCUGGAUGGAUCCCAGCCUGCUGCUGAGUACGAGACCUUGACAGCCAAGUUUCACUUUGUGGACCUGGCUGGCUCGGAGAGGCUGAAGCGGACGGGUGCCACUGGCGAGAGAGCCAAGGAAGGGAUCUCCAUCAACUGUGGGCUGCUGGCCUUGGGGAAUGUCAUCAGUGCCCUUGGAGACCAGAGCAAGAAAGUCGUGCACGUGCCCUACCGUGACUCCAAGCUCACCCGCCUGCUGCAGGAUUCCCUCGGGGGCAACAGCCAAACCAUCAUGAUUGCCUGCGUGAGCCCCUCUGACCGGGAUUUCAUGGAGACCCUGAACACGCUCAAGUACGCGAACCGAGCUCGAAACAUCAAGAACAAGGUGGUGGUGAACCAGGACAAGACGAGCCAGCAGAUCAGCGCCCUGCGCGCCGAGAUCGCCCGGCUGCAGAUGGAGCUGAUGGAGUACAAGGCAGGCAAGCGGGUGAUCGGGGAGGACGGUGCCGAGGGCUACAGCGACCUGUUCCGCGAGAACGCCAUGCUGCAGAAGGAGAACAGCGCCCUGCGCAUGAGGGUGAAGGCCAUGCAGGAGGCCAUCGAUGCCAUCAACAGCAGGGUCACCUACCUCAUGAGCCAGGAGGCCAACCUGAUGCUGGCCAAAGCAGGUGACGGAAACGAGGCCAUCGGCACCCUCAUCCAGAACUACAUCCGGGAGAUCGAGGAGCUGAGGACGAAGCUCCUGGAGAGCGAGUCCAUGAACGAGUCCCUGCGCCGCAGCCUCUCUCGGGUCUCUGCCCGGCCGCCCUUCUCGGUGGGCUCCUCUCCGGCCCCCGGCCUGGCCGGGCUCUGCAGCCCCGCGGCCCCGCUGGACACCGAGGCCUCUGACGUGCUCCGCCGGGCCAAGCAGGACCUGGAGCGCCUGAAGAAGAAGGAGAGGAGGCAGCAGAGGAAGAGCCCGGAGAAGGAGGCGUUUAAGAAGCGGCAGAAACUGCAGCAGGACAAUGGGGAGGAGACGGAUGAGAACGAGGUGGAAGAGGAGGAGGAAGAGCAGGACGAGAGCGGCUGUGAGGAAGAGGAUGGGCGCGAGGAUGAAGAUGAGGACUCGGGCAGUGAAGAGAGCCUGGUGGACUCUGACUCGGAUGCAGAGGAGAAGGCCGUGAAUUUCCAGGCCGACCUGGCGGAUCUGACCUGUGAGAUUGAGAUCAAGCAGAAGCUGAUUGAUGAGCUGGAGAACAGCCAGAGGCGUUUGCAGACCCUCAAGCACCAGUAUGAGGAGAAGCUGAUCCUACUGCAGAACAAGAUUCGGGACACACAGCUGGAGCGGGACCGGGUCCUGCAGAACCUCAGCACCAUGGAGUGCUACACUGAGGAGAAAGCCAACAAGAUCAAAGCAGACUAUGAGAAGCGGCUGAAGGAGAUGAACAGGGACCUGCAGAAGCUCCAGGCAGCCCAGAAGGAGCACGCUCGCCUGCUCAAGAACCAGUCCCGCUAUGAGCGCGAGCUGCGGAAGCUGCAGGCAGAAGUGGCCGAGAUGAAGAAGGCAAAGGUGGCUCUGAUGAAGCAGAUGCGGGAGGAGCAGCAGCGGCGGCGGCUGGCAGAGACCAAGAGGAACCGGGAGAUUGCGCAGCUCAAGAAGGAGCAGCGCCGGCAGGAGUUCCAGAUCAGGGCUCUGGAAUCUCAGAAGCGACAGCAGGAAAUAGUGCUGCGGAGGAAAACCCAGGAGGUGUCCGCACUGCGCCGUCUGGCCAAGCCCAUGUCGGAGCGGGUGGCGGGCAGGAUGAGCCAGAAGCCGGCCAUGCUGGACUCGGGAGCAGAGGUCUCGGCCAGCACCACCUCCUCCGAGCCCGAGUCCGGCGCUCGCUCCGUCUCCAGCAUCGUGCGCCAGUGGAACAGGAAAAUCAACAACUUUCUGGGAGACCCCUCAUCCUCCAUUAAUGGGGCUCGGCCUGCCAGGAAGAAGUUCCCCAAGAAGGGGACAAGCCAGACCUUCAGCAAAGCCGCCCGCCUCAAGUGGCAGUCCCUGGAGCGGCGCAUCUUCGACAUUGUCAUGCAGAGAAUGACCAUCAUCAACCUAGAGGCAGACAUGGAGAGGCUCAUCAAGAAACGCGAGGAGCUGUCACUGCUGCAGGAGGCGUUGCUGGGCAAGCGGGCAAAGCUGCAGGCAGAGAGCCCCAAGGAGCAGAAGGGUCUGCAAGAGCUGAACGAGGAGAUUGAGGUGCUGGGGGCCAACAUUGACUACAUCAACGACAGCAUUUCAGACUGCCAGGCCACCAUCAUGCAGAUUGAGGAGACCAAGGAGGAGCUGGACUCCACAGACACCUCGGUGGUGAUCAGCUCCUGCUCCCUGGCCGAAGCCCGGCUGCUGCUGGACAACUUCCUGAAAGCCUCCAUCGACAAGGGGCUGCAGGUGGCCCAGAAGGAGGCCCAGAUCCGCCUGCUGGAGGGGCGCCUGCGGCAGUCGGACGUGGCCAGCUCCUCGCAGAACCACGCUCUGCUGGACGCCCUGCGCGAGAAGGCAGAGUCACACCCCGAGCUGCAGGCCCUGAUCCACAACGUCCAGCAAGAGAAUGGCUACACCAGCACGGACGAGGAAGUCUCCGAGUUCAGCCUGGCCUCAGAUGGGAGCAUCUCCCAGUCCUUCACCAUGAAGGGCUCAGCAAGCCAGGAUGAUUUCAAAUUCAAGGGAGAGCCCAAGCUUUCGGGGCAGAUGAAGGCAGUGUCAGCUGAGUGUCUGGGACCCACGCUGGACGUCUCCACCAAGAACAUCACCAAGUCCUUGGCAUCCCUCAUGGAGAUCAAAGAGGACAGGAUUGGCUUCUCCAUCCGAGACCCCUACUACAAGGAGAAGGUGUCACGCACCAUCAGCCUGCCCACGCGAGGAAGCACCUUUCCCAGGCAGUCCCGGGGCUCGGACACUUCUCCUCUGACAAGGAGGAAAUCCUAUGACCGUGGGCAGCCCGCCAGGCCUGCAGACAUUGGCUUCACACCACCCUCGUCCCCACCCACCCGUCCGCGCAAUGACCGCAACGUCUUCUCCCGUCUCACGAGCACCCAGAGCCCGGGAUCUGCCUUGGACAAGGGCAUCAUCAACCCGGUGGGUGGCACCAAGAAUGCCAGGACAGCCCCGCUGCAGUGUGUCUCAGUGGCAGAGGGACACACCAAGCCUGUGCUCUGCCUGGAUGCCACCGAUGAGCUGCUCUUCACUGGCUCCAAAGACCGGAGCUGCAAAAUGUGGAACCUGGUGACAGGCCAGGAAAUCGCUUCUCUCAAGGGUCACCCCAACAAUGUGGUUUCCAUCAAGUACUGCAGCCACACGGGGCUGGUGUUCACCGUGUCCACGUCGUACAUCAAAGUGUGGGACAUCCGCGACUCGGCCCGCUGCAUCCGCACCCUCACGUCUUCUGGGCAGGUGAUGUCUGGGGAUGCGUGUGCUGGGACCACCACCCGCACCGUCACCAGCGUGCAGGGGGAGCACCAGAUCAACCAGAUCGCUCUCAACCCCUCGGGCACCGCGCUCUACGCCGCUGCCGGCAACUCCGUCCGCGUCUGGGAGCUGAGCAGGCUGCAGCCCGUGGGGAAGCUGAGUGGCCACAUCGGGCCUGUGAUGUGUCUCACAGUGAACCAGACGGCGAGCAACCACGACCUGGUGGUCACAGGCUCCAAAGAUCACUACGUCAAGGUGUUUGAGAUCACAGAGGGCAUGGUGGGCAAUAUUGGCCCCACUCACAACUUCGAGCCCCCUCACUACGACGGCAUUGAGUGCCUGGCCAUCCAGGGAGAUGUUCUCUUCAGCGGCUCCAGGGACAACGGCAUAAAGAAGUGGGAUCUGGAGCAGCAGGAACUUAUCCAGCAAAUCCCCAAUGCCCACAAAGACUGGGUCUGUGCCCUGGCCUUCAUCCCCGGGCGCCCCAUGGUGCUGAGCGCCUGCCGAGGAGGCGUCAUCAAGGUGUGGAACGUGGACACCUUCACCCCAGUCGGGGAGAUCAAGGGGCACGACAGCCCCAUCAACGCCAUCUGCACCAACUCCAAGCACAUCUUCACUGCCUCCAGCGACUUGACAGUGAAGCUCUGGAGUGGGAGGAGGUUGCCUGCGGGGUCAAACUAGGAACUGCAGAAAGACUGGAAGGCGUGGGGGCAGGGUGAAGGUCAGGGUGCCUCCCCCUGCUAUCAGGACUUGGUCACCUGCAGGAGCUCAGCCCAGGACAGGGAUUUCUUUGUGCCUGACCCAACGGGGUGGACAAUGCUGCACCUGGUACUUUGAACACUGUCAGCUCCUGUGAGGAAGCAGCUCUGUGGGGCACCAGCAGCUCCACCUGCCCUCCAGCUGAGGUUUCUUGAUGGUUCUCCAGUGAACGGGAAAUGUUUCGUCUCUCCUCUCACCCAUCCUGCUGUAAGGACUUGUGGGGGUCAGAGAUCCCCGAUUCCUUCUCAGAGACACCCAGUUCCCUCCUGCCACUGUGGGCUCACGUGGCCUCUGCCGUGCUGUGCUGCUCCUGGGCUGGUUCCUGCAGGAGUCUUUCUCCACUCCACGAGGACAUUUGGUGUCUGCUGGCCAGGACCACAACACAGAGGGUGCUUCUCUGGAGCCAUUACUUGUGAGACACCUCUGCUGUGGGGACCACAGAGGGAUUUCCUGGUACUCCUAGCCUUCCCUGUCCUCUGUGGACCUGUCCCCCAUGGUUAGAGGGGUGCACCUCUAAGCUCCUUUGCCAUGUUCCCUCUCGUGAGGCACAGCAAGCCUGGGAAGAUCUCCAUCGGGCAACUUCCAGACAGACCUGCUGCAGUUCCCUUUGACAUUCUCCAAACCCCAGAAACUCAACUGCCCCAUGGCUCUGGGCUCUUCCCCACAUGCCCUGCCUGCUCUGGACAUCGUGACCCCCAUCAGGGGUUUGUGGUGGGUUCCAGCAG